AUGAAUGAAAAUAAUAAAAUACUUAAUGAAUAUAGAAGAGAAUCAUUAAGUUCAACUAAUUAAACAGUUAUUACUAAAAUAUAUGAAUAAAUAGAUUGUGAAGCCUUUUAAUAAUUACUUAUAUAAGAGAGUGUUGAGAUAAAGAGGAAGAAGAUAAUAAUAGAUAGAGAUGUAUAAAUUUAGUAGGUGUUAAAAUUAAAUGGAAUAGAAUCAAUUAUUUAAUUUAAGGGAGGUAGUUUAGUAUUUGAAGGAACAACUAUUGAUUCUAUUUUUGAUGAAGAAUGUUAUAUUUAAGGAUUUUAAAUAGAUGUAUGUUAAAAUACUCCAUGUAUAAGAGUACAUUAUAGAAACUUGAUGAUUAUGGCAUGUAGUAUUGAGAACUUUUAAAAUAGAGGAGUCUUUAUUAAAUUUGAUAACUCAUUAAUUAUUAAUGAUACAAUUUUAAAUGGAUUUUCAGUUUUGGUAUGUUGUGAAGGCAAUGGAAAGAAAUUGAGUAUAAAUCAUUCCAUAAUAUAGAGUGAUUAUUAAUAAUAAUAAUAAUCAAUUUUAAUUCAUGCAGAUAAUUUGGGUGAAUUUGGAUUGGAUAUAACAAAUUCAAUAAUUGAAGGUAGUUCAAUCAUUGUAACAAAUAGUAAUAAUGUAGAAGUUAAAAUAUAAGAUAAUGAAUUUAAAAAUCAAUAAAUAUCUAUAUCUUUUGAAAAUGUUUAGAAUAAAUCAAUAAUAAUUGAAAAGAACAUUUUCUUUCGAUCAAUGGAUUAUGCAAUUAAAAUGAAUAAUAUUGUAGUUGAUAAAUUAUAAUUGAUCAAAAAUACAAUCUCUAAAUGUAGAAUUGGAUUAUUUUUGUAGAAUGUAAUAGAAUUCUGUCCAUUAAUUAAACAUAUUAAACCAAUCUGUCUUAAAUAGAAUGUAAUGACAAAUAUGGAAUAAACAGCCAUAAUUAUAAGAGAAGUGAUUUGUAUGGAAAUUGAUGAAAUCAAUAUCUAAGAUAACACUAUUGGAAUGGAUAUUGAUAUAAGUACUUCUAAAAUGUCUGAAUAAAUCCCAAUCAAUCCUUUUAUUAUUUCUAUUAAGAAUUCAACUAUAAGUUCUAAUCGUAUUCAUGGUAUCUUUAUCAAUAGUAAUUUAUCUUACAAUCCCAUAAAUCUUUAGAUCUCUAAAAGUGCUUUCUAUUCUAAUUGUAAUGCAUUGAAUCUCUCACAUUAAGGUGAACCACAUGAUAGAAGUAAAUCUGUAUAUAUUAAACAGUUUUCAAGGUCAAUAUUAAUAAUUCCCAAUUCCAAGAUAACAACUUUUCUAAUUCCAACUCUAACUAUGAACUGAAUAUCAUCAAUACUAAUAUUGUAGUAAUCAAAAUCUAAAUAAUUUGAUAGAUUAAUAAACAACUCUAUUUUAAUUCUAGGUCAAAAACCUGUCAAAUUAUGUGA